CGGCUGGCCCGCGUGUGGCAGCGCCUGCUCGCCGGCCAUGGCGGUCGCCGGGGGAGCGCUUCUCCACCUUUCCCAGCCCCCAGCCGCCGCCUGCGGGACGUUCCCCAGACCCCGCACGACUCCGGCGAGGCAGGGGGAGUUUGGACAUCGUACACUUAACUACAUUCAUGUUAUGGAAAUAAGAAGCAACAGGCAAGAAAAUAUAUAGUGUUGUAGCCUGUAAAUCGGCGAUCAGACGGGGAAUUGAAAGGCGAGGAGAAUUGGAAAUAAUUGUGAUAGAAGUGAUGGAUGGAGCAGAAUUCUCAUUUGGAAUGGAAACAGCGAGUAGGAAUUGUCUCCAAGCCACCCGAAUCUGGGGGAGCAGCUUGAGGGGAGAGAAUGACAGCGAUCCAAGCACUCUAGGGUGGAACAGUAAUGAAGGUUUCCGCUGCCUGGGCAUGAGCUGGGACACGGCAUCCAUGUGUCGUCCGUCACCCACAGGCUUUGUUGGUAGAGAGAAAUGAUCCCCACCCACCAUUCUUCUGGUGUAAAUGGAUUCCUAGGGCUAUGGACCGACUUAGCAGGCACACUUCACAAGCAAGCACAGGCCACCAAAAGAAAAUGCCAGGCGUCCAGUGAGGUUCCCCCAGCAAAACGGAGGAAUAACACAUCCUCUCACCCAGCCAAGAAAACCGCUGCUAAAGAAAUACAGAGGACGUUUAAGAGGAAGAAGGCACAGAAGGUGUUUGCUCCGAAGAAGUCUUCGGCUAGCGCGACUGGUAGAAACCCAGAGCAGAAACCGAGCAUUAAGACUUCAUCGUUGUUUAAGAACAAUCCUGACAUUCCCGAGCUCCACAGACCUGUAGUACAGCAAGUGCAAGAAAAAGUGUUUUCUUCAGAUGCCUUCCAGGACCUGGCCCUCCACCCACAUUUAAUUUCCACAAUAAAUACAGUCUUAAACAUGUCUAGUAUGACCAGUGUUCAGAAGCAAAGCAUUCCUGUGUUGCUAGAAGGCAGAGAUGCUCUCGUGAGAUCCCAGACGGGCUCAGGUAAAACUCUUGCCUAUUGCAUCCCUGUGGUCCAGUCCCUUCAAGCAAUGAAAACAAAAAUACAACGUAGUGACGGCCCCUAUGCUCUGGUACUAGUGCCGACGAGAGAGCUGGCUCUACAAAGCUUUGAUAUUGUCCAGAAACUACUGAAGCCAUUUACCUGGAUUGUGCCUGGAGUGUUAAUGGGCGGAGAGAAGAGAAAAUCAGAAAAAGCCAGACUCCGCAAAGGAAUAAAUAUCCUUAUCUCAACUCCUGGACGUCUGGUGGAUCAUAUAAAAUCCACAAAGAACAUUCGCUUUAGUCGGAUACAGUGGCUAAUUUUGGAUGAAGCUGACAGAAUCUUGGAUUUGGGUUUUGAAAAGGAUGUCACAGUGAUACUUAAUGCGGUCAAUGCUGAGUGCCAGAAACGACAGAACGUCUUGCUGUCGGCGACUCUCACGCAAGGCGUGGCAUGGCUCGCUGAUAUCAGUUUACACAACCCAGUCAGUAUUUCUGUCGUGGAUGAAAGCCAUGGUCAGUCUAACCCAAUGGACAAAGCUGUUCUUGAAGUGUCCGCUCCACAAGCUGGCGACGAGCUGGACAGCUUUGCAAUCCCAGAGGGUCUCGACCAGCACGUGACACUGAUUCCCAGCAAAUUGCGGCUGGUCUCCCUGGCGGCCUUUAUCCUGCAGAAGUGCAAGUUUGAAACAGACCAGAAGAUGAUUGUCUUUUUCUCGACGUGUGAGCUGGUGGAGUUCCACUACAAGCUUUUCCUCCAGACCCUGCUGAGCAGCCCGGGGGCCCCGACAGCAGGGCACUUACCAUCUGGCUCCGCACGAUUAAAAUUCCUACGGCUGCACGGUAACAUGGAACAGGAGGAAAGAACAGCAGUGUUUCAAGAAUUCUCCCAUUCCAAAACGGGUGUCCUUCUUUGCACGGAUGUUGCAGCUCGGGGCUUAGAUCUCCCUCAAGUCACGUGGAUUGUUCAGUACAGCGCUCCGUCUUCACCGGCUGAAUACAUCCACCGGAUUGGCAGAACCGCCCGCAUUGGCUGCCGUGGGAGCAGUCUGCUCAUUUUGGCUCCUUCGGAGGCAGAAUAUGUCAACUCGUUGGCUUCUCACAAAAUCAACGUUUCUGAGAUUAAGAUGGAAGAUAUUUUGUCUGUUCUGACAAAGGAUGAUUGUUUUAAAGGGAGACGAUGGGGACACCAGAAAUCCCGUACCGUUGGCCCCCAGGAAAUCCGAGAGCGAGCCACAGUCUUGCAGACGGUAUUUGAAGAUUACGUGCACUCCAGUGAGAGGAAGGUCUCCUGGGCAAAGAAAGCCCUGCAGUCCUUCAUCCGCGCCUACGCCACCUACCCGCGGGAGCUGAAGCACAUCUUCCACGUCCGAUCGCUCCACCUUGGCCACGUGGCCAAGAGCUUCGGGCUAAGAGACGCCCCCAAAAACCUUAGUGUCUCGGCUGUAAAAAAGAGGAGAACAAACCUGAAAAGGCCUGACCUUCAUAAGAAGACCCAGAGUAAACACCGCCUUGCUGAAGUCUUGCGUUCGGAAUACUCAAGUGGGAUGGAAGCCAGCGUCGCCAAGGUCAAAAAGCAAAACAAACAUGCCGAGCCUGGAGCCGGGCAGCCGGCCGCACGCCCAGCCUGGGCCGUGGGAAAGAAAUGAAAAACGCUCUCCGUGAAACAGAAGAACCCAGAAAGGCUUCCCGAAGGACAAGCCUUCCCAGAAAGUUUUUUUUAACUCUGCCUCCGCAGUCCUGGGCCUGGAGGCCCUGGUGGCACUGGGCUGGUGUCCUGUACGUGUCAGAGGAGCUGUGUAAGACAUACCCGUGCCGCCUUUGCCUGAAGACUGGCCCCGAGACCAAGCCGCCACAGCCCUUGUCUCUCGUGGGGAGGGAACGGGGCUGGGGGAGAGCAAGGAUCGAUUAGCCAGUUACCCUGCCUCGUAACACCCGAUACCGGAUACCUUGUGUUUAUUCCAUCAGUGCCCACACUUACCUUCACCCCUCGAUCAGACGGGGCCCCACGACUUCACGUGGAAGCCCUGUCCUGGCGUCACCUGGGAAGGUUUGGACCCUGCCUCAGAACACUGGCCUGAAGAAGUGCCACACUCCUACUUCUGCCUGCUCCAUCAGCACCUGUGUUGUUGGCAUGAAUUUUGUACAGUGAGAUGUUAAAAUCUGCAUCUGAAUUGGUAAAAGAAGAGAAAAAAGAAUUUCUCAGCUCCCUUUCUCGAUGUCGGGAAGCUUUGUGAGAGGGCCCGGAGGAGGGGUCAGGGCGAGCCCAGGGUGCCCGCAGGUCAGCCCUUUCUAGUUUGUCCCAGGCUCCCUGACUUCUGUCACAUUCACAUGCGUUGCUCACUCCCUCCUGUCCGUGGAAAACUUACUCUCUCAGGGCUAAUUGAUUUAUUGUUGCCUCUUUAUUAUUUGCUUUUGAAGUCAAAAGGCACCAGUGUCCUGAGCUUUUCCUCCCAUCGAAUCCCAUCUUGUCUCCAAGAAAGGUCUGGGGUCUUUGUACUGUGGCCCAGGCUACAGCUGCCCCUCCCCCAUUGUGUUUUCUGGGAGGUUUGAAAGAGGACCCCCAGGGUGUAUUGAUUUCCCAAUAAAUGUAAGAUUUGGACACGGGUAACAACAGAGGGGUCUGGAGGGGAGAGGGGGAGAGCUGCAGUGCCUCUGUUCUCGCCUCUUUCUCUCCCACUCUCAGUUUUCCCCCUGCUUCUAAUUCCUGGAAUGUGUGUGGAGAGGAUCCUGAGAGCUGCAAGGUGGGCCAUUCUGUGGGGACCGUGGAGGGUCAGCAUCCUUGCCUCUGUCCCUCUCUGUAGCGCUGUUGGGCUUCAGGCAAGUGUCCAUGGGACGCCUGCACCCGGAAGGGAGGGCCGGGCCCCUGUGUGAGGACCUGUGUGAGUCUGGUAGGCAUGAGCCUCCGCAGGAGGGAAACUGUGACCUUCCCCAGCUGGCUGUCACACAUACGAAUUAAUAGGGAUGGUUGGUGAAAUUUGUAAUAAUAAUAAAAUCCGCAGCACAUGUCAUACUGACUUGGGGCAAAUCUGCCACCUUUCUUCUAUUUUGAUGUAUGAUGGUUCACAUGAUUUGGAUGAGAAAAGGAGGGAUCAAACUGUAUAGACAAAACCCAGCUGUGUGAGAAACAGGAUUAAUGCCAGUGACUGGGGAUGAUCAAAGAGAAACCCUACUUUUUUUUUCAUUAAAGGGUGAGUCUGAAGAGUUGUGCAUUCCUGGGGGAAGAAGUGCUAGAACCGUGCAAAGUGUGUAAGUGACUCUAAUUCCGAGAUCAAAACUUACACUUAAUUUGCCAGCACUUACGUGAGGGUUUCUUGUCAUAGUAAAACCAAUAUACUACCCCCAGUUAAUAAAGAAACACGGAUUUAGCA